AUGGAACCCAAGACUUUGCUCAGGCUUAGCGAGCUGGGCUUAGGGGUGGAUACUAACAUAGAACUGCGAACUCUGCAGCUGCCUGUGGAUUACAGGGAGGUAAAACAGAGGCUCACCACAAUCUGGGAAGAUUUUCAACCACAACUUGCUGUGCAUGUGGGCAUGGACACUUCCUCCAAGGCCAUCUUUCUGGAACAGUGUGGUAAAAACCGAGGCUAUCGGGAUUCAGAUGUAAGAGGCUUUCAGCCAGAGGAUGGUGUGUGCCUCCCAGGUGGUCCCGAAGUGAUGCUGUCUGUUGUCAACAUGAAGGAGGUCUGCCGGCGUGUUGCUAUUGAGGAUGUCGAGGUGGCCUUUUCUAGAGACUCGGGCAGGUACAUCUGCGAUUACACCUAUUACCUGUCUCUGCACCUUGGGACCGGGCAUGCAGCGCUCAUCCAUGUCCCUCCUUUGUCACACUGGCUCUCAGCCAGCCUUCUGGGCAAAGCCUUGCAAGUCAUCAUCCAAGAAAUGCUGGAAGAAAGUGGGGAGGUCCAGACUCAAAGGGAAGCAGCAGGGAGAUGCCCUCUUUAG